AUGAUACAGCAGCUCAAAAUAUAUCAAUUCGAGACACGCACUUCGUCGAGUAUUGCUGGAGUGCCUGGAUUUGCUGAGGGCUCGGCUCGACCAGGUGAAACUUUUCCUCUUUUAGCUCUGCUUGAGCGUGAAUAUAGCGAAUUGUGGGCAAGUAUCGGCCCUGAAUUGACACUGGAGAACAGCAUCUUGCUCGACGGAGCAGGUCUUCAUCUCUACAUUUUCUAUCUUAUGGAACCCAGUGGCCCUCCCAAUCGUAAAACGGCCCUUUUACGCGGUUACAGCCUGGCGAUCGGUCUGAUACGGCGAGUAUCUGACCUCGGCGUAGAGUCUGAUUUUGUUCGAUACGCACCUCAAGCUCAAUUUCAAGUCUUGUCAUUAGCUGCAAUGCUGAUACUUAAAUUGAGUUUCUCAAACUACUCGACUUUUAUUGAUGUUGAUGAGGGGAAACGCACGUUUCAUAUUGCAGCUCAAAUGAUUCGGGAGACCUCCCUCGAGGAUAAUGAUCUUCAAGGACGCAUGUCAAAGAUCUUGACCCAGCUCUGGAGUGGUUACGCUCGGAUUGGAAGCUUCAACGAGGAACCGAGUCUGAAGCUCAGAACUCGGCUAGCAGCGAGUCUUCUUCACGAUCUUCUAUGGACGUGGCGAGACGCAUAUGGUAAUAUAAGCAAUGAUAAUAGCACGCAGGGAAACGUUACUACGCAGACGGAGUCAGCUUAUAACACGAAUGAUAAUUUCAACUGCGACUUUCUAGGCUUGGAAAGCAUCCUAGACCCGGACUUUCUAUCUCUGUUUUCGUUCAAUUACGAAGAUAAUGCAAUACAGCCUUGGGAGAAUUGA